AUGGAUAUUAUAUCAUCCCUCGCAUGGAUCAAACGUGGAGCGGCUAAGGGUACUCCGAUUAAAUUUAUGCCCGACCCAGAAGAACUCGAAAGUAUGAUAGACAAAAGCGGCGAUCAAGACCACGAAGAAACAACAAAAGAAGUUGAGAUGGACAUUGAAAAACGUCAGGAAAAAGACGAUCAAGAAGAUGAUGAAAAUGAUAUUUUUAUACCUGGCGUGGGCCCUAUUGCAAUGCAUGCAUCCAAUCGGGAUGAUCCAUUACUGGAAAUAAAAGAUGAUGGUGAAGAUUCCGAUGCUGAAGAUUAUUUUAUUCGACCAGAUGACAAUCUCAUUGUUGCUGCACACGUUGAAGAUGAUACUUCUAGUCUUGAAGUCUAUAUUUACAAUGAUAAAGAAGGUUAUCUCUAUGUACAUCAUGAUAUAUUGAUGUUACACAUGCCAUUAUGUUUAACAUGGUUAGACUAUGAUACUAAUAAUUCAAAUGCAGUGAAUUAUGUUGCCGUAGGAAGUAUGGAAGGUGCUAUUGAAAUAUUUGAUGUUGAUCUUGUCGAUCAAAUGGAACCAAUGCAUACCUUUGCAAAAAAGUCACAAAAGAAAAAAUCGAAAUCAUCUAAAAAUAGUUCCAAAAAGGCAAAUAAAUCUAGUGAAGGUCAUGAUGCUGCUGUACUUGAUUUAACAUGGAAUAAACUUGUACGACAAAUUUUUGCAUCAAGUUCGGCCGAUGCAACUAUUGCUUUAUGGGAUUUGAGUCAGAUGAAAAUGGCUUUACAUUUAGAAAAAUUACAUAAAAAACAGAUUCAAUCGAUAUGUUGGCAUCCGAGUGAAGCACAACAUUUACUUUCGGGUUCAUCGGAUCGAACUGUAUGUAUGGUUGAUUGUCGUGAUGGAAAUAAUAAAUCAAAUCAACAUCGAUGGACAUUCGAUUCAGAUAUUGAACGAGUUACUUGGAAUACAUUUGAUACAAAUCAAUUUCUAACAUCAACUGAAAAUGGAUAUGUUUAUGCUAUGGAUAUACGACAAACAACAAUACCUGUUUAUAAUUUUUCUGCUCAUACUGGUGCCGUUACAGGUUUAUGCUUGAAUUCAAGUAUACCUGGCCUUCUUGUCACAUCAUCGUUUGACGAAUGUGUUAAAGUAUGGGACGUUGAAAAUAAUACUGUAACGUUUAUUGCUGAACGACAGUUUCCAACGGGUCAGAUCAAUGCAUGUCUGGUUAAUCCGGAUUUUCCAUUUACGUAUGCUUUUGGUGGACAAUCACAAGGUUUACAGAUAUGGGAUUGUUCAGAAAAUUCAGAUGUUCGUACACGAUUUGGUACUCGUGCAAAAUUCGAAAUGGUCGAAGUCGCUGAGGAAACAGCAGCAGCAUCAAAACCAGUAGUUUCAUCUUUUCCAACAACGGCGCCGACUGUAACAUCAGCUGUGUUGAAAGCACAAAGAAAAAAAUCUUCUAAGAAAAAUAAAUAA